AUGGGAAAGAAGAGAAGAAAACAGAAGAAGAGGAAGAAGGGGAAGAAGAGGAUGAAGAGGAAGAAGGGGAAGAAGGAGAAGAAGUGGAAGUACAGGAAGAUGAGGAAGAAGGGGAAGAAGAGGAAGAAGAGGAAGAAAGGGGAAGAAGAAGAAGAAGGGGAAGAACAGGAAGAUGAGGAAGAAGAGGAAGAAGGGGAAGAAGGGAAAGAAGAGGAAGAAUUAAAGAAGAAUGUGUUGGAUGAAGAAGGCCGAAAAGGAAGAAGAAAGAAAAGAAGAAGAGGAAAGCGAAGAAAGGAAGAGGAGGAGGAAGAAGAAAGAAGGGAAGAAGUGAGGAAGAAGAGGAAAGGGGAAAAGGGAAAAGGAGGAAGAAAGAGGAGAAGAGGAGGAAGGGGAAGAAGGGAAGAAGAGAGAAAAAAGGGGGAAGAAGAGGAAGAAGCAGCAAGAAGAGGAAAAAGGGGAAGAAAGGAAGAAGAGGAAGAAGGGGAAGAGGAGGAAGAAGGGAAGAAGAGGAAAAAGGGGAAUGAAGAGUGA